AUUCAAAUCAGUAUAUGGUUUGUUAAAUGAAAGUGGACAUUUGGAACGGGGCGCACGAAUACAAAACCUCAAACACAAGUGACAUGUAUCAUUGGCAUGCUUAUUGGACAUCCACACCGACAGAUGGCUCCUGAAGAUUUAGCGCUCAACACCCUGGCAAUUCUCCAUGCGACACCACAAAAUAAUACAAUUCCCCGACCCUGCAUUAAUGCAGUGCACUGGGCCAAGGUUCGAAACCUACCCAGGUGACCCGGACGCACUGAGCGCAUAGGAAUGACAGAACCGCGACUCGGCUGUAGAUUGCGGAAUGCGAGACCGGCCCUCCUACCAAAGGAAAGAUGAGGGAAUGGUGGCUUCUUGUGGGCUUGCUGUGCAUUCCUCUGCUGGCAGUCUACCUGCACAUCCCUCCUCCCCAACUGUCUCCAGCCCUCCUGACCUGGCGCUCUGCUGGAGCAUUCUUCACUUUCAGGAGCAACAAUAUAUUCUACAGGGAGACCUAUGGUGCUGUAGGCAGCUCUGAUGUGGUCAUUCUCCUCCAUGGCUUCCCUACCUCCAGCCUGGACUGGUACAAGAUAUGGGAGCCCCUGAAUCGGCGCUUUAACCGUGUCAUUGCUCUGGACUUUCUUGGUUUUGGCUUCAGUGACAAACCUAGGCCCCACCGCUACUCCAUCUUUGAGCAGGCCAGUGUUGUGGAGGCGUUGGUGUCCCACCUGGGUCUGACAGAGCAGAGGGUCAACCUGCUCUCCCAUGACUAUGGAGACACUGUGGCCCUGGAACUGCUCUACAGGAGUGACCACAACAGGACUGGACACUUGACCAUCAACAGCCUCUGUUUGUCCAAUGGAGGAAUAUUCCCAGAAACACACCAUCCCAGAUUCCUUCAGAAGCUCCUCAAGGACUCCAGCUUCCUCUCUCCAGUUCUGACCCGUCUGACCAACUACAUGAUGUUCUCUAAAGGGCUUGGGGACGUGUUUGGUCCUUACACCCAGCCCACAGACGCUGAGUUCUUGGACAUGUGGACAGGGGUCCGCUUCAAUGAUGGGAACCUGGUCAUGGACAGUAUCCUGCAGUUUAUUAACCAGAGGGACGAGCACCGAGACAGAUGGGUUGGUGCUCUCACCUCUACUUUCAUCCCUGUUCAUAUGAUCUAUGGACCCCUGGAUCCAGUCAACCCUCACCCCCAAUUCAUCUUCCUUUACCAGAAACUGGUGCAGAGGUCUACUGUGUCAGUUCUAGAUGAACACAUCAGCCAUUAUCCCCAGCUGGAGGACCCAACUGGCUUCCUCAACGCCUACUUCAGCUUCAUCAACGCCUUCUGAGCCAACUCAUCAGCAUUAGACAUUCUCAACUUAACAUCUGCGAGCAUAACCUGGGUCAUGUUCAUUCGGGCUCACAACGGGAAGGUUAAAACAUUUUUGCAAUAGGAAAACAGAAACACGCAUUUCUUAUUGGAGUUCAGCCCUGUUGUAGUGUUUUCUUCCAUUUGGUGCCUAAUGAACACACAUUUUCACAUCUCCCAUUGUGGAAAAAGUUGAAGAUUCAGCUCUGACUGGGUCGGAAUAAUUGAAAAACCUCCAACCUGGGUGAGAACUGUGCACAUUGAAUCAUAGCUGAUAUGACACACAGUAAUCUUGAAUCCAUUCCUGGUAUGUCAUCAAAGAGCCAAGCCAAGUUGGACAGAUACUGUCUCCUGCUACUCGGUAUAAAUAAAAUGACAGUACGGAAUGGAUCAACUA